AUGUCCGAACCGUCAACUUCUGGAUCUUCCGGCGGCCAACCGAGUGAAACCGCUUCGAAACAAGGUAAGAAUGAUCAAAAAUUGCCAAAAUGUAAGAUAAAGUUCCAAAAAGUGGUGCCAAAGUAAUUACCAGCCAAUUUUGAAACUGAAAAGAGCUUCAGUUUUAAAGAUUUUGUGAAAAAGGAACUCUGUUGUUGCGUUGCGUUGUUUACCAGAUUGGCCUGUGGGAAGACUGAGAAGAAGAAAAAAAAAGAAGACGAGAAUGGUCCCGGCCGCUCGAAUGAACGGACCGUCAGACUACACACACGUGUUCCGAUGGUCCGUCGUAAACUCCUCUGAUCUCUGCGACAGGUGUGAAAUGCGUGAACGGUCCCUGACCCGGUCACGAAAACGUACACUCACUUUAAAGGCGCAUCCGCGAGACUUGCUGGUUUUCCCUUGUUUUGAUUCGAUGCGAGUUCGAGUAAACCGGGUAUGAGAUAUUGUAGGUCUAGUCACUUUUUUUUUGAAAUACAGACGUCUAGUACUCUAUUUUUCUAGUUGACAACUUGUUUGUACGACCAUUGCCUGGAGUGCUGUAGCUCCGGAAAGUAGGUGCUGAAACACAGGCUUCCAACUAGUUCUGACUUCCAAGAGCUACAGUACUUCAGGCAGCGGUCGUACAAAAAAGUGAUCAACUAUAACAUUGAAGUACAAGUCAUGAACUUUAGUUUUGUAAUUGACAACUUGUUUGUACGACCACUGCCUGGAGUACUGUAGCUCCUGGAAGUUUUGGUUUGCUAAACUGCUAUGAAUUUCAGCGCCAACUUCCCGGAGCUAUGUACAGUACUCCAGACAGUGGCCAGCCACAAAGAUGUAGUACUAGACAUGAUAAUUUCAUUUUUGAAAAAUCCGAAGACCACAUGACGUCUCUAAACAUUACAAUAUUCGUCUAAAGUUUGUCACUUCCAUUUCCAUCGGAAAAUUGGUAUUGUUUCAAAGUUUUCAACGAUAAGACAUUGCUUCUAAACUAUUCUUCUUCCUUAUUUUCGUUUCAAGACCCAUUAAUACCAUUUACACUUCUUGAAAUGCCCUAAAAAGUGCCCUGCAGUUGACCGUAUCCGAGCCCAAUUACCUGGCGAAUAGGGGCUAUUAUCCUCUUCUUUUUCUAUUGUCCAUCUAGUUAGCCAUCCCACCGGGGGGAGAGAGAGUGAGAGAAAACAUAUUGUGAGCGGUCAAAUGUGCGUUGGGACGCAUUCAUAUCUAUUACAAUUGCAAUAACAAUCUCCUCCAGCCUCUCUUUGCUUUUCUGAUACCCUCCUUUUUAUGACUCACAGACCGCUAGCUGUGCCGCGAAAAAAACUCCUUAAACCGAGUUUCUUACCAGUUUUUACCGGUCAGUACAUCAUUUAAACAAAAUGAAUGGGUCUUAAGACACCUUUUUCCAUUGCUCUUGAGAAUACCGUUUAGAAACUAGACCAUAACUCAAGAAUGGCAAGUUUUUGGAUAAAAUGAUCAACUAGAAAGUUGUAGAGCACAAAAUUGUCUACAACUUUUCUGUUGACCAAUUUUUGAAAUAAUCAUUGGAUCUCGAGAUAUAAGUGUCCAAAGAUGAGGGAAUUUAGAGUGGGGCGGAAAUAUGAUAAAAGGUGUAUGUAACUUUUGACGCACUAUCAGAUGGCAGUUUGAGUACCAAUUUUUCAGUGACAUGCUUCUUUUGAUAACCAGUUCAUCGCUCAGUUUCAGAGUAUUAUUAUUCUUCAACUUUUCUCCAAAUCCUAGCCAAAACGCUUCCUCUCUCUCUCUCUCCCUCUCCUCCUAAGAAUUUGAAGGAAAUGGUGGGGGGGGGGGCAGAUGUGGUAGACCACGAACAUCUGGCAAGUGUGUCGGUUGGUGUGGUCGCCUCUUUCGAAGAGAGAAGAAGAAGAAGAGGAAGAGGAAGAGGAAGAGGAAGACAACGGCAAAGGUCAUAUCAAAGAGAGAGAGAGAGAGAGAGAGAGAGAGGUCCUUGGACCGCUUCGCCGACACGCGACGCUCGUCAAACGUCAACUUGUUCCCCUGAGGCCCCCGCCGUUUCCCCUACGGCCGAAAAGAUAUAUUAUCCAUUUUUCUCUCUCUCUCUCUCUCUCUUUCUUUUUCAUUUUCACACCCCAAAACUAGAGGAUUUUUGAGUGAAAUAUAUUCGAAUUUUGAGAAAGUUAGGGAACUUUUUUGUACUAACCGUUCUCAAAACAAUUUUGCUUCUUACAAAUGCGAAUAUUGUGAAUUUGACAGGAAUGGUGGGGACGACGUCACCGUCGACUCUGAGUGAUUUGCUCAACGAGGUGCUCAAAAUCAACGAGCAGACUUUGGAUGACAACGACAGUUCCAAGUGAGUUUACCCUCUUUUUUUCUUGUCUUGAAAUUCAAAAAAAAACAGAAACUUCCCAUAGCGUUCAUAAAAAUUGUGCCAAAUCAUCACAAAAAAAGUCGGGCUAACGGGCGUUCCAGUUCCAGAAAACAAGCGCUGCAGUGUCACCCGAUGCGACAGGCCCUUUUCGACGUUCUGUGCGAGACGAAGGAGAAGACGGUGCUUUCGGUGCGGAAUCCGGUCGACGAGACGCCGGAAGACCCGCAGCUGAUGAGACUGGACAACAUGCUCGUGGCGGAAGGAGUGGCCGGGCCCGACAAGGGCGGAACCUUGGGCAGUGAUGCGAGCGGCGGCGAUCAGGCCGAUUACCGGCAGAAACUGCACCAGAUACGCGUGGUUUACAACGACGAACUCAGGAAGUACGAGGAGGUCAGCGCACUUUAUUGUUAUUGCACCGAAAGUAAAGCUAGCAUACAGGGGACUGGAAAUUGUGAAGCUGUAACUUUCCACAGAAGCUCAUUUUGAAGAGCACAAUGCAAUUGAACUUUUAUCAACAAAGCAGAGGUCUCUAUGUCCGAUUUCUGGAGAUACAUUGAAAAAAAUCGAUAGUCUCAUGUAUGAGUUGCCGUAUUCCGAUCGGAUCGAAACGUUUCCCCCCAGACUCGCAUUGGCAUACCGUAAAUAAUGUCUCAGAGAGAGAAAGGCUUUCCUUUUAUAAUUUUCCCGAAAAUUUGUUGGAAAAUUCCAUAUACAUAACAAUUUUCUUCGAAAAAGAACCCUUCUAUCGCAUCCGUACGUACGGAUGCCCGAAAAUUUAGCCGCUUGUUUGUUCUUGACGAGUUUCACCUAGAAAAUCUAGUCUUUCGGUGUUCAACAUGUUCUACUAGUGUUUUUGAAGUAAUUCUACGGUACUGCGGCAGGAGCCCUUUCUAUUUUAGGUGACAGUAUUUACAGUAUCUUGCGUUCACGAUUCUUAGACUUGGAUUGAAGUGUUUUGGGCCCAAAUUUCAGGCCGAUCGGAUUAUCUGGUCAGGAGAUAUGUGAGUAAAACUAAUUUUUCGCAAAAAUCUACCUUGUCGGCCUCUGAUUUACAUAUCUCCGGACAAAAUAGUCCGAUCGGUCUGAAACUUGGAUCCAACGUGCUUCAAUCCAAGAAUCCAGGAAGCAUGCAAAGUUUUGUGAAAUGUAAAUGCCUUUUGUGCCCGAAUCUUAUCAUUUUCGUUCUUGCAGGCGUGCGCGGAAUUCACACAACACGUGCGCUCGCUGCUGAAGGACCAGUCGGUGAUCCGUCCGAUCGCGCACAAAGAGAUCGAGCGGAUGGUCUACAUAAUCCAGAAGAAGUUCAGCGGCAUUCAGGUGCAACUGAAGCAGUCCACCUGCGAGGCCGUAAUGAUCCUGCGCAGUCGGUUCCUGGACGCGCGCCGGAAGCGGAGAAACUUCUCGAAGCAGGCGACCGAGGUGCUCAACGAGUACUUCUACGGUCACCUCUCGAACCCGUACCCGUCCGAGGAGGCGAAGGAGGACCUGGCGCGACAGUGCAACAUCACCGUCUCGCAAGUGUCCAACUGGUUCGGCAACAAGCGCAUCCGCUACAAGAAGAACAUGGCGAAGGCGCAGGAGGAGGCGUCUCUGUACGCGGCGAAGAAGAACGCGCACGUGGCUCUCGGCGGGAUGACCGCCAAUCCGUACGGGAUGUUGCCCGGAGCAGCCGCCGCCGGCCUCUUGAACCCCUAUAAUCCGAUGGGACUGCCCGGACAGGACGCCGCUUUGCACAUGGGAAUGCCGCCGUUCGACCUCUCCGUCUACAAUCCCCAAUUGGUCAGUAUAGCGGAAAAGGAAGAAUUUCGCAAAAAAUAGCAUUUUCCCGAAAGAACAAGCUCGCGCUCAUUGCCUACCGUGAUUUGUUGAAAUUUAAAGGCGCAUGACACUUGUUCAAAGUAUUUCGUCGCUAAUUUUUGCCAUGUUUCAGAUGGCCGCCGCCCAAUACCAGCAGCAAAUGGAGAACGCCGAGCAGAAAUCAUAA